AUGCCGGAUGAACACUCGUUUGACGUGAGAAUUGCACAUACCUCACCUCUCUUCACUGCCUUGCCUCUUACCGGUGAUAGGACAACUGGAUGGACAACGUUUUGCAAUGCAACUGGAUAUCCCUGCGACGGGAUAGGUGAAAGCUCUGUUUCGACAGCCAAGGCUGAUGCAACGAUGAGCUUGAAUUUUUGGGGGUCUCGAAUCGAGCUCAGGGGCAGGUUAAUUGGAGGAAUGAAUUUGGACUGGGAGUUGGAUGGCUCGAGUCGGUCCCCAAAUGGUGAACAAGCGAGUAAGGAGGGUAGUAUUAAUGUGGGCGAGCCACUCGACCCCGAGCUAUUGGCAGUUUUUGAAGGCCUAGACUCGAGCAAGGCUCAUACGCUCAAAUUCACUACACGACCGAGCCUCCCAAGUGCCAGGGUGUCGUUUAAUGGUGCAUUAGUAUCGGUUGGGACAGGGAUAACCGGAGGCACCAUGUCGAUGACCUACUUGGACGAUGAUAACCCGGCACUCGAAUACAGUCAAACUCCUGGAGGCUGGGCCCGAUACAACGAAUAUGAGUCUUCUACCUUUAAUAUCACUCAGCCCGAGGGGGUGACCAACCGGAAGUUCCAGUCCACCAAAGUGCCCGGAGAGAGUGUUACCAUGAAUUUCAACGGUACUCAGGUCUUAAUAUACGGCCCUUGCUACUCGUCGAAUGGUGCAUACGCUGUCACACUCGACCAAGAACAGGCAGUCAUCUACAACGCUUCUACCAAUGCAUACUCUGCUCCAAGUGUUGCGUCUGUUGCUGGUGCAUGCCUCCGUUACAUGUCUCCCCCCUUGGCUCCAGACCGUUUACACUAUAUCAGCAUGGCCAAUGUAGACGAAGGGCGUGAGACCAAUCUCGAUUGGGUGCUCAUAGUCGGCGAGAGUGGCGGACAAUCGAUCAGUAGCGGAGAGAAUCAGAAGAAACACAACGUUUCAGCUAUUAUAGGCGCUGUAGUAGGAUCCGUCGCGUUACUCUUUGCUCUUGCUGCAUUGUGGUGUGUACUUCGAUACCGCCGACGUCGGGUCAGGAAGGUUGCUGUACGAACAUCAUCUCGUGACGGAUCGGACGAACACAAGACGAAGGGUAUCGAUCUUCUUUCAACGGAAAGUAAUAUACCAAGGUUACUGGAUGGAGAACGACACACCCCUAAUCCUAGCCAUAUGAGCGCAAACUCUCUCACAUUCAAGCAUGUAGAGCCUUUCGAACUUCCCCCUCUUGUUGACAAUGCAACGUCUCCAAAGUCUCCGUCAACCAGUGGCAGCUCUGUAUCUUCUGCGCAACCCGCCCACCCAACAUCCGCUCCCCGUGAUUCGAUCAUGAGUAUACCUAUGGUGGAAAUGACCACGCACAGACCAACAGAGGCCAGCACAGUAUCCCCAACCCCAGCUCCUAUUUCUGCACCAGAGAUGCCUAUUCCAGUCGCCCAACCAAUUUCCCACGCUCAAAGUACGGAGCCGGCAGUGUCUUCAUCUUCCCCGGCUACUCUGAACGAUGCCGCUCGGCCACAACUAAAUCAACCAUCACCAUCACACGCUAAUUCUGGAGCAACUCCAGAUCUUUCCCAGAUCAGUUCUGACGUGAACCGGAUUCUCGCGCAGCUCGGACAAAUUCGGCGGAAAGGUCAGGGAGGUUAUUCAGGUGAUGAUCUACAGGAGGCGGGUGAUGAUCCUGAAGUAGAGCCACCAGAGUAUGGGAAGCACCGACGUAUCUGA